AUGUCCGAGGGAAAGUCUAGUACUCCCCAAGCAAGGGCAGAUUCGCAGCUAGAAGAUGCAGUGUCUGACAGAAUAGUGCAGGAUAGCAGCUUGUGUGGGCUCAGUACAACAGAUCCGGCUGAAGCUGAGUUAUGGCUGGAUGUAGUUGAAAAAUGUUUCAAUGUUAUGGGUUGUCCAGAGGACAGAAAAGUAGGGCUAGCCGCCUUUCUACUACUGAAAGGAGCAGAGAAGUGGUGGAAAGUGAUAUUUGCCAGACGAGCCAGCACAUAUGCGAUGUUAUGGCCUGAGUUCAGGAAGGCUUUUGAAGAUAAGUAUUACCCCAGCUCAUUCCGGGAUGAAAAAAGGGAUGAGUUCCUCAGAUUAACAUAA